CAAAGUUUUCUGUUUAUGCUUUUGGAUUUCCUACGUUUCUGUAUUUUGACGUUUGCGAUUUGUUAAAAAAUUUUGGUGUAUUUUAUCUUCGACAAAUUCAUCCGGUUUAUUCUUGUGCAUAUUCUGCAAAAAUGUGCUAAAUAUAACAACGAAAGUUGCAUAAAUAUAGGAUCGCUUUAAAACACUUAGUUGUAAAUGUACGCUAUAUUCUGCAUCGUUUGAAAAAAACAAAAAGCAUGCGCUGACGUCAAUUAACAGCUGAGCGAAAACUGGUGCGAAGUGGAAUACUAUUAAAAAUAAAUUUUUUAUGUAUCUAGAGCUAAACCUCUGUUAAACAUUGCAUAUUUUUGUAAGCAACAGGUAAGCAAGCAAUUUUGCAUACUCUACGCUUUUGAGAAAUACAAAUAAAACUUAUCUGACUUAACCGAAGCGUCAUUUCAACUGAAGGCACGUAGUUGGCCAGAAUUUGUUUUUUCACACUUGAUAAUUAAAGUAAAAAUAAGCCUGAGAUGCUAAAAUUUGCUGGACAAAGCGUUGCGCCGCGCAUAGUUGCUGGCUUGGCAGGUACCACACAGAGUAGUAACCAACAUGUAACCUCCGGGAUCAGUGCGGCACUGCAGAAGUGCAUAUCGCAAAAUCACUCUUAUAACCGUAAAGUGGAUGUCAAGGAUCACUACGAAUUUGAUCAAAAGGUAAUAAACAAUGAUAAUCCGGUUGUUGUCAACUUUCAUGCAGAGUGGUGUGAUCCAUGCAAAAUACUUACACCGAAAAUGAGUGAGCUUUUAGAUGACUCUGAAGAUAUCGAUUUGGCUACCAUAGAUGUGGAUACAAACUCUGAAUUAGUAGAGACCUUCGAAGUAAAAGCCGUGCCUGCUGUACUGGCGUUCCGUAAUGGAGUCGUUGUUGAUAAAUUCAUUGGACUAGUAGAUGCAAAUAGUAUAGAAAAUCUAAUCAACAAGUUGAAACGCAAGAAAAAACAAGACGACGAAGCUGCCGCGAGCUUGAAGGACAAAUAAGUUACCUAAUGACACGCAGUCCCAAAAAGUUACAUUUCCUCAUAUAUCAGGCGUGCUGGAUAAGUGGCAAACGAGAUGAAAGAAUUAUUGUGUAUUUCGUAUUUAAGUUUUUAUUUACACAUUGUAUUUUACGGGUAGAUAUAGUAGAAAUGUUUUCGCUCAUUACAAUGAGCAUUGUAUUUUCUCUUUAUUAUUUUGACGUACGUAAUACGAUUUUUUUUAUAAUAAUGUGCGAUAUUAACAUAUAAAAAAUAAACAAAUAAAAUGUGGCAAUAUUAUACCCAACUAACAAGCGGACAAAUGUCAAAUAUUAUCCCUAAAUAUUUUAGUUGUUAAUUGAAUUUAUUCAGCUGUUUUUUAACAAUACUGCAAUUUUAGAAAAGGCGCACUACAACUUAGAGGACUAAAUAAUGAAAUUGUUACCAUAUAAGAAAAAACUGAUUAAUUUUUCUGGUCCGCAACAAAAAAGCCUUUGUAAACGUUUCAAUAGUUUUAUUUUUAAUAAAAGCGUUAGCGAUACUACAACAAUUAA